AUGAAAUGUAGCUCAAUCGAAUACGAUAUUGCCGAUACAACAGUAGCAAAUAAAAAUCAAAUAUUAGAAAAUCAAUUACAACAAUACAUUUAUCAGUUCAAAAUAGGAGAGGAACAUAAAAUGACAAAUUAUCUGAAUGCAAACGAACAAAGAACAGGAGACACUUUUGAAAUCAAAUCAGAAGUCGACAUGAAUAAUCAUAAAUAUGAAGAUGAUAUUCAUAUUAGUGGAAAAAAGAAGCACACAAAUGGUGGAAUCAAUCAAUCGAACGAAAAAGUUCAAUUAAAAUCGACAUAUUCACUUCGAACUGAUUCAAUCGACAUACCGUGCACUGCAGCCGAGGCACUAAUGAGUGAGAGUGCUCUUGACGCACUGAACCAAUGGUUGGAGAUUCAAACUGCUGAGAGACGUGUGGCUUGGGCAUUAUGUGAAUUGCCGGGGGUCUAUGCCCUGUCAUCAAGUUUUGGCGCACAAGCUGCAGCUUCGCUACACUUAUUGACGGCGCAAAAACCUGAUAUUCCAGUACUACUCGUGGAUACAGGGUAUCUUUUUCCUGAAACCUAUAGUUUUAUUGAUCAAUUACGUGAACGUUUACAACUCAAUCUUAAUGUAUUGCGUCCGGAGAUUUCAGCUGCUUGGUUUGAAGCACGCCAUGGUCGUUUAUGGGAACAAGGUUUAGAUGGAAUUGAUCUUUACAAUCAUCUAGUAAAAAUCAAGCCGAUGCAAGUUGCUCUCGAAAAUCUUGGUGUCGAAACUUGGUUCGCCGGUUUGCGUCGCAAUCAAUCUGAAAGUCGCCAACAAAUUCGCAUUAUCGAACGUCAAAAUGGCCGAUGGAAAGUGCAUCCGAUAGCUGAUUGGACCGAUCGCGAUGUUGGCAUGUAUUUGAGGCGACACAAUUUGCCAUAUCAUCCACUUUGGGAAAAAGGCUAUGUUUCGAUCGGCGAUGUUCACACUACUCGACCUUGGGAACCUGGUCUACGCCAAGAAGAUACUCGUUUCUUUGGUCUAAAGCGCGAAUGUGGCCUUCAUCGACACAGUUGGCCUUAA